CUGUGAGAAGGGUGGCAAUUGUGCAAGGUAGAGAUAUUCAGAAUAUAAGGUGUAACAGGAGACAAUUAGAAGUUAGAUGUCAAGAUGGCUGCCCUUGGAGACUUUAUGCCAGUGUGAUUGAAAAAAAAGGUAGUGUAGCUAUAAAACAACUGCAUAAAGAGCAUGUAUGUCAUAGGAAUGUGCACACUAGACAACUAACUGCUCAGUGGAUUGCUGAAGAGUUUG